CGCUGACUUAACACCGAUUCAUAGAUGAUGCUUUGGAAUAGUGGCGUUCAGUUAAAUGGAUAAUGAUGAUAAUAAUGAACAAAGCGGGGUCUCUGUUGCUGUGAGACAGCGGGGGUUCAGUGGUAGUUUGGGGAGAGCCGGACUGCGGGUCGCGGCAGGUUCCUCUGCUGGAAGUCAGUGAGCUCAUCCCGGCUGCACGGAGAGGAGGGCGGGGCUCCCAGCAUCAUCACCGCCGGCCAUUGUACCGAGGUGCUGCCGCCGCUGCUGAUGCUGAGGACAUAGCCGGGGAUUCCCGCCUGAAACCAGCAUGUUCUGGAGAGCUUUUCACGGAGAUUAGGCUCCGGGGAACCGCAGUGUUGUCGAGUGAUUUCGUUCGGAAGAAUGAAGAAGAGGAGGACCUGGGAAAACAUCAGGAGCACCGCGGCUAGUUUCUCUGAAGACCCAAUGAAAGCAUUCCAAGAAACCCAUUAGUUUUUGAACCGAUGGCCAAGAAAGGUCGUGCAAAGGGCGAGAAGCCCGAAGCCCUGAUCUCUGCCUUGCAGGCAGCCAAUGAAGAUCUCAGGUCCAAGCUGACUGACAUCCAGAUCGAGCUGCACCAGGAGAAAUGCAAGGUGAGCAAGCUGGAGCGGGACAAGGUGCAGGAGGUGAAGCGAGUGCGAGAGCAGGAGCAGCACCGCCACACCGCCACGCUGACGGAGCAGCGGGCCAAGUGGCACGAGGAGAAGCAGAAGGAGCUCCAGGCCCUCAGGGAGAACCUGACGCGCCAGCACGAGCAGGAGCUUGCCCGCCACGCCAAAAUCAAAGACCAGGAGAACCAGAGGCUCAAAGCGGCUCUAAACGCCAUACGAGACGGGAGCGGGGAGAAGGUCCGGACGGCGUUGACCCUGGAGGCCAAAGAAGACGCACGCCGCUUCUUUGACCAGGAGAGAGUGAAGCUCCUGCAGGAGAUUGUGGAGCUGAAGAACGCAAAGAAGCAUACAGACGAAGCUCUCAGCAACAUGAUCCAGGCGGACAAGAUGAAGGCCGGAGACCUGCGGGUGGAGCACCAGCAGCACCAAGAACAGAUCUCCAAGAUCAAGUGGGACUGUGAGCGUGACAUCCGCCGACUGGUGGAUGAAAUCAAGGCCAAGGACCGCACCAUCUUCUCCCUGGAGAAGGAGCUGGAGUCUGCCACGGGUUUCCUGCAGAAGCUGCAGCUUCAGAAAGACGCGCUUGAUGAGCAGCUUUUCCUGGCCAAAGAGGCCGAGUGUGGCCUGGGAAGCCCGAAGAGGGAGAUUCCAGGCAGAGCUGGCGACGGAGCUGAGCACUGUGGAAGCCCUGACAUGAGGAGAAAUCAGAGACGCGUCGCAGAACUCAACUCAACAAUCCGUAAACUGGAGGAUCGGAAUUCGCUGUUGGUCGAUGAGAGGAAUGAACUGCUGAAGCGCGUCCGGGAGUCAGAGAAGCAGAGCAAGCCCAUGCUGGAGAAGAACAGGCUGAUGAGUAAAAGAAACGACGACCUGACCCAGACAAUCCACAAGCUGGAGGAGAAGCUCAAGGCUUUGACCAAAGAGAAUGCAGAAAUGAAGGAAAAGAUCGGCUCCCAUCCGCCUCUGAAAAAGCUGAAGUCUCUUAAUGACCUGGAUCAAGCCCAAGACGACCAGGAAAUAGCCUUUCUGAAGCUCCAGGUCCUGGAGCAGCAGACCAUGAUCGACGAACUCACACGGGACCGGGAGAAACUGCUCAGGAAGAAGAGACAUAAAAGGAGCUCAAGGUCAAUUAAGAGGCACAUCGUCGUCGACACAUUCUUCGGUUACGACGAAGAAUCCAUGGACUCCGAGACGUCCUCGGUGGCUUCCUUCAGGAUGGACCGUACCCCGGCGACCCCAGAUGAAGACCUGGAGGAGGGUUUGGCCAACGAAGAGUCAGAGCUACGUUACCGCCAGCUGACCAGAGAGUACCAGGCCUUGCAGCGCGCCUACGCUCUACUGCAGGAGCACAAGGGAGGUCUGCUGGAUGCAGAGAUGGAGGCUAAGGCGCAGGAGCAGCUUCAAGCAGAUGUUCUCAGGUACAAAGCCAAAAUCGAGGACUUGGAAAAGGAGCUGACCCUGAAAGGACAGGAUUCCAGAUGGGUGGAGGAGAAGCAGCUUUUCCUACGGAGAAAUCAGGAGCUGCUUGAAAAGGUGGAAAAGCUGGAGUCAGAGCACAGUCGGGCGCAGCAGGAGCUCCAAGACUCCAGGGACCAGAAUGAGCUGUUGGAAUUCAGAAUAUUGGAGCUAGAGGAGCGGGAGAGGAGGUCGCCUCCAUUCAACCACCUGAGGAUGCAUCCUUUCUCUGAGGGAGUCAGCGCCCUGCAGAUCUACUGCAUGAAAGAGGGAGUGAAGGACGUUUGUAUUCCAGACCUCAUCAAGCUGUUAGAUAUCCUGGGAGACAACGGGAAUUUAAGAAAUGAAGAGCAGGUGGCGAUAAUCCAGGCCAGCACGGUUCUGUCUCUGGCAGAGAAGUGGAUUCAGCAGAUAGAAGGGACGGAAGCUGCCCUGCACCAGAAGAUGAUGGACCUGGAGAUCGAGAUGGAAAUGUUCUGCAAGCAGAAAGGGUACCUGGAGGAGGAGCUGGACUACAGGAAGCAAGCGCUGGACCAGGCCUACAUGCAAAUCCAGGAGUUGGAGGCAACGUUGUACAACUCCCUACAGCAAGACAAGGUGAUCAAGUAUGGACAGUCUCUGGACGAGCAUCAGAGGGAUGAGCUUCGGACCUCGGUGGAGAAGCUGAGGAGGCAGAUGCUGAGGAAGAGUCGCGAGUAUGACUGCCAGAUUCUGCAGGAGAGGAUGGAGCUGCUGCACCAGGCGCACCAGAGAAUUCGGGAUCUUGAAGACAAGACCGAAAUCCAGAGGAGGCAGAUUAAAGACCUGGAGGAGAAGGGUGCGUGUCAGCGUGGAGAUGUCGUCUGUGACUGCGAUGUUAUUUAUGUUCGGGAUAAACACGGAACUGUGGCUGCUGUCAGUUUUCGGUGGACGUUUUGUGCGUCGGAGCCGUGGGAGCGUGUUUUUUUAUUUCAUUUUAUUUUUUUUACUUUGGCCGGGACUGUGAUUCUCAGGAUGACGUCCACGCUGCGGUUUGGAGGAUUUUCGGGAAUGUACGAACACGGCGACAUGCAUGCGAACACAACUGCAUCUAAACUCUUAGAGACUCUGUCCAAUCCAAACCAAAGCCUGGGAAGCCAUCGCUCUGCCGCACAGGGUCGCCACACGUGUCGCGCACGUGAAAGCGCCCGGCUGGAGUCGCGCGGGAGCGAGCGAGUCUACUCAGGGCCCAUGAGAGCGACGGGAUCAUCAGAGGCGGCCUGUUCUCCUCUUUACCCACUGAACGGUGCUAACUCGGACUGCUUGGACCCUCCCGAUUCAAAGGGCGCCACAGAGGUGCGGGACAAGGGAGCGACGCUGGACUCAACCUGCGGAUCAUGGAGAUGAUUUCGUUUCUCAAAGACCAGCAAACGUUUGUCUGCUGUGUUUGUUUUUAAAGCGCUCACAUAUUACAUCCCAGAAAUUCUAUGCUGUAACAUAGAUAUAUAUGUAAACACCUCUGUUGAUAUGUACAUGUGUAUGAAUUAUUUCACGUAGUAACUACCCUUUUCUCAGUUCUGUGAAUAGCCCACCUCCCUCCCACCCGCCGAUGCAGCUCGAGCAAUUUUUGUUGUUGAUUUAUUGUGGUGACGGCUGCAGAUAUCCACUUUAUUUUGGGGGAAAUUAUAACCGGAUCAUGAAUGUGGAGUCAGUGCCAUUCGUCGUUCAUUCAUGCUUCAGUUGGCCAGCAGGGAGCGCUGUCUCCCGCCCGAACAAACUGGUUUCAGUUGUCCAAGUGUUCUGGUGCGGUGGUUGUCUGAAGGCUGAGAGAGAUGUUGGAUCAGGACCACACUGUGACGUUUUUGCUGCAUGUUCGUUCUCGGCCGCUGGCAGAGUGGCUUGGUACUCGGAUCAUUCCUGACGCCAUCUUGACGGUGGACUCGUCUCACCUCUGUGGAUUUGGAGAAGCUCGUGGAAGUGCUGGAGUGGGUCCAAACUGAAAAGUCCCAGUGUACUGGCAAGAUAAAAAGAUCGAUGUGGACCACUCAGUGGCUGAGGAUGGAAGGACGCCCCACAGAAACGAAGGUCUCGCAACAGAGAGUCCCUCACUUCAUUGUCCAAUUUUCUGGGGCUGAAAUAACAACCAGUGAUUCCUGCUUCCUUGUGUCGGAGAACAAGUCAUCAGCGUGAGCGAGACCCCGCCAGCGUGCCACUCACCUCUCAGGCUUUAGACACCACGUCGUACAAACUGCCAUCAUCUUCCUACGACUGAGCGUUUACAACCUUCGGCGUGGCUCGCCGCUGGACUCUUUUUGUUACAGUCCACUCCUAAACUUCACAGGGGAAUGAUCAAAACUGUUUUUGUGCUAACGUUGCUGUCCAGCAGUUGCCUUAAAUGCACUUUCCCCCUCUCAACCAUUGUUGGGACUCAUUUCUUCUAUGGUUUUAUUUGCCGCCAUCUUUUCAUUUUCUGUCUUCCGACCCGAAUAUCAACCGUUCUGUCAUCUAGAUUCAUGGUUAAUGCUGUAAAAAAUAUAAAUAAAAUCCAUGGCCUUUGACUCCAGCUCUGUUGGUGGAUC